GGUGUUAUCAUUCGGCCACAACGAUCCUUUCAUGUCCAGAAAUAUCACGAUCUACUGGAGUAAAAAUAGCCCGUCUUGAUUUCAGYGAUCCUCAGGGAGGUAAAGGAGCGGCAGAUAGGUUGGCAGCAACAUGCAAAUCACACAUCGCGUGUAUAUUAAUGAGGGAAAUGAUGUUGUUACCGCCAAACAACUAGAGAGUGCCAUCCUUUCCAAUGGGGGAGUAAAGGGUGUUCGAGUCGUUUCACUGCAAUCCAUUGCUAACUCUCAAGAGACCACACAAAAGAUCCCAAACAUAAGUAAGCUUAACAAUUUUGAGUUUCUGUCUGGAGAGAAAAUUAAAGUAUGGCGUGCUUAUGGCAUAGGUACUGUGAAAGUCAUCAGAAUUGAAAAGCCCUCGACUACAGAGGCCAAUCAUAAAUGGCUUAGCUCGUCUUUCUCACCAGGAGAAUUUAAAUAUUUUACUCCCCAARCAACUCGCAAGACCCAAUCGGAGACGCUAACCGAACCCGCUGAGAAGAAUGUUGAGCCGGAAGAUAUGAGACUUCCAAAAAAAUGUACUAGGGCCCUCCAGAAGCACUCCCUUGUGGAUCUCGCAGAGAUGGGAUACAAGUGCGAGCUAGAAGAGGGUGUUAGAGUAAUACCAACUCUCCAAGCAGCUCCAGUUCAAGAGGGGAAAACAAGCGUCGCCCCUGUUAGUCAAGCCUGGGCUCUCAGAGCAACGAAAAAGGCGUACCGCUUUAACAAAAACCAAAAAUCGUAUCUUUCCGCAAAAUUCCAAAUUGGUCUGUCGACUGGGAGGAAAGCCAAUGCUGAAGCUGUUGGUGUGGAGAUGAGGCGAGCGCGUGGUCAAGGUGGAGAGAGGCUCUUCAAAGUUCCAGAGUUUUUGAGUACUCAGCAAAUCGCCUCCUAUUUUUCACGCCUUGCAGCCAAGAUCUGA